UAAUCCAAUAACUCUAUAUCAGUAGUUGCAGCAAAGCUUAUGGAAACGCAAGAAACCACAGUAUCCACUGUAGAAAAAAGGCAAACGCAGAAGGCUUAAAAAAACCAUACUUACUCAGCAGAAAAUUAGUGCCAACUAGAUAUGCUAGAAAACUAAUACUUUACAGUGACCCAUGUGUAACCUGAAUAAAGUAAAAAGGUACAGGAGGCUAUAAACUCUAUGAACUUGUAUGUGUAAUGGAAAAAUACAGAAAGCAAUGACGUGUAUGCAUAGUGAAAAAGUACAGAGUAAGGGAAAAUUGGAAAAAUACAGACAGCAAUGACGUGGUGUAUGCGUAAGUGGGAAAGUACAAAGCAAGGGAAAAUUGGGGUACCUGUCCAGUGAUGAAGAUUAAUUAAGAACAUCAAUAGACUAAUUAAAGACAUCAAUAGAACUAAAAAUCAGUUUUGGGGCACCUGUCCACUAUGAUAAGAAUAAUUAUUGAUACAUUAAGAACAUCAUAAGGACCAAAAAUCAUCUUUAUGCCAAAAAGGUCAAGUUGACCCACGAACAGGAAAGUGAAACUCCUUACUGUGCCAGAAAAGACCAGAUGGCUGAUAUUUUUAGAAAUGUGUUAAAGGGGGGUUGUGGGCACAAAUUGUGUAUAAAAUGUAUGCAAAACUGACAAUCGAGGUUCAAUUCCCCUGAAUUGAUCCGGCUUUGUGCACCUGUGCAAUAAAGUCUAAACUUUCUGAAGAGCUUGCUGCUGUUGUGUCUUUUCCCUCCUGAAAUUGUUUUCUACAGAUUGGCGAUUGGCGUGGAACUCUGUCGUUUCCUAGACACGACAUUUGGGGGCUCGUCCGGGAUACGAAAAAGGUACCAUCCUUUCGUAAAACCAACCCGGACACUAACACCGAAAAUUGAGUGAAAGAAAAGCAGCGAGCUCUUCAGAAACGUGCGCUACGAACCAGGUGCCAGAGACUUGGGAGGAGAGAAACCCAAAAAAGGCCACCUGCAAGAGCUCUGGUAAAAGCGUGUUUGGGAAAAACACUGUCCUCUGAGGUAUAAAGUAAGAAAAAAGUAUUGUUGGUAAGGUAAAAUAUUGUUCAACUGUGUUUAUGCUUAGAUUAGAUGCUUGUGUUUGCGCGGAACUAACGUUGUAUUGAGGUAAAAAUUGUGAUUUAUUUGUAUGUGCAACUAUAAAGGAAAAAGGGGGGAAAUAAGUAAAAAAACGUGAAGUGUGUAGGAGAAUAAAAUAAAAGUAUAAAGUAAACAUAAAAUAAUGGAAAAAGGAGAGAAAACGCCGGUUGAAAUAAUCACGGGAAAAUAUCCUAAUUGUAAAAAAGAGAUAGAACAUAUAUCAGGAAAAUGGAAAAAAAGAACUAAAAGAAUGGUGACAAAAUGGCCUAAAGAGGGUACGUUUGAUAGAGAAAUAUGUGAUCAGAUGGGAGGGGUAAUAGCAAAUUACAGAACAGGAGACAAGUCAGAAAAAAGAAAGCGAAAAAGAGAACAGGAAAAAAGAAUUUUAGGAUGGUUUAGGUCCGCUUCCCUAGAAAAAUAUGUAGGAAUGAGUGGGGGUCGCAGUGAAGAAAUGACCCCCCCUCCGUAUACCCCGCAGUCAUCAGGACAUGCGGAAAUAAAAGAGAAGGGCGUGUACCCAAUAGGCCCGGUAACAUCUGCAGUAACAGUGUGUCCAGUAGUAAAAAUACAGGUUCAGAUACAAGGGUGGGUAGAACAUGAGGAAAGUGAGGAACAGCUCGGGAUAGAGAGAGCGCGGCUUGAGGAAGAAAAGGGAAAAAUAGAAAAAAGGGUAACAGAGCUAAGGAGAGAAUACAUGGAAGUGGAGGAGUUAGAAGAGCUGUUAAAAGAAAAAUAUAACCAGUAUGAUGAAUACCAUAGCCGGUUAAUAAAAAAGGCAAAGGAGAUAAGAGACACUGAGAAAAAACAGCAAACGUCUAAAAUAUGCCAAAAGCCUGAACAGGUGGGGCCAAAAAGGGACGGGGAAACACAUAAAAAAUGCAAAACUGCGGGGUGGGGAAAUUUUAGAUGGGAAAAGCUCCCGUAUAACAAGUGGGAAGAGCUGAAGAAAAAAAUUACCAAGAGAACAGAUUCCCAAGAUAAACAUAAGACAAGUUUAACAAAAGGCACUACAAGUAAAAAGCAAAUCCCCCAAGCAGAGUAUGAAUUAGAAAACAAUGAAGGGGAGGAGUUCUCCCCAGCAGAAAAAAGUGAGGCGAGCGACAAUGAGGUAUGCCAAGCAAGUAAUAGCGAGGCAGAAGAGUCAGACGGGGGAGAGGGGCCUGCACAGGUGGGAGGAGAUUUAGCUGGGCGAUAUCAAAACACAAGAGAAAGGCCGCCAACCCGGCGUAACCCAGCAGCAGAAGGAUAUAGCCAUAAUGCUAGUAAACCCAAUACUAUAGCACCAUUGUUGAUUAAGGAAGGGGGUGUACCCCGAUACAUUCCCUGGUCCACCCAAGAUAUGCAUAAUGUAAUAACCAAUCUCCCUGAUUUGCAGAAUGGAGCAAGCCACUGGAUCAGGGUGCUGGAGGAGGAGACGACAGGCCGGAUCCUGGCUGUGGGGGACCUGAAGGCUCUCCUGGGAAAGGUUGUGGGGAUGGAAACAAUGCUGGACAUAUUUGAGCAGGCUGGCUUUGACAGAAACCAUGCGCAGUCUCCAGCAGUGGACGGUGGGCCGUUUGAUAACGUGCGUGGGGUUGUUUGGACUGCUCUGCGAGCCCUGUAUCCCGCACGACCGGACAUGGCGGCCUUAACGGGACCGCCGUUAAAAGACAAUGAACCACCGGCGACAUACAUCCACAUGCAGUUGCGCAGGUGGAGAUUGUUAACUAAAAGGGACGUACGGGCAGAUCCCAUAAUGACCACCCUCUUCCGCAAAGCCAUCCAGGAGGGGAUGUCACCGGAAGUGGGGCGCCGCCUCGAUGAGGUGGUGGGACUGAACACCAUGACACACAGAGAGUUUGUGGAUCACGUGGUGCACGCUGUGGACAGGCAGCGGAAAGAAGGGAAAAAGCUGGAAGAUCAAACAAAAGACAUUCAAAGGAAGCUACUGCAGUUGCAGCUGGAGGAGCUGAGAGCCAAAGAAAAAAAGGCGAGAGAAAUAACGGAGCUGAGAGCCAAAGAAAAAGAGGCGGAAAAAGUGGCAUCUGUGAAAAUACAGUAUAUGGACAAUGAAUUCUUUAACUUCGAAGCCACCCCCCCGCCUGAACCAUGGAGCAGCCGGAUGGUGCCCCGGCCGACGGUGGUCUACGACUUCUCCGGCAUCCCUCACCCAGUGGCCAUGCAAGGUAAUAUGAAAGGGGGGGGCACCCAACCGGGUGGGUAUCAAAGGGGGGGAGGGCCAGGGAAUGGUGGUCAAAAUAAUCAGUGGAAGGGGCAGUUGAAUCAGAAUAACAACAUGCAAAAUAGAAAUUGGAAUCAACAGAGUUUUCCUAAUCAACAGAGACAGGGCCCCAUAGUUUGCUAUGGAUGUGGUCAGGAGGGGCACAUAAAAAGAUGGUGUCCAAACACCCAAAGGAUGUACCCAGGUAACCAGGGGACCUGGGUAUCUAAUCAGCCUCAGCAAUCGCAGGGUUACCCCAACUUGGCCCCACCUCCCCAGGCUAGGCCCCCAUAUCAGAGUAUGGAACCUGUAAAUUACCAAGGUGCCCAAUAGGGGUGCCCAGAGAACCCAGGCAGAGUAGGGCAGCAUGUAAUGAUAACAAACGGGCCAGAACAAGAGCCUAUAAUAAAUG